UUGUGUUCCAUAAUAAAUUGUUAAUUUGGUUUUGCUCCAAGUUCUCGAGCUCUACUAAUUAUUUAAUUUUUUUUAAAUCAACAUAACCUGAAUACGUCAAAGCAUUUUUAGGUUAACUUCAUUCAAAAUCGUUGUUGUUGUCAUUACAAACAAAAGUUCCAUUUUUUCAUCCCAGUUUAAUCAUUUUUGCGUGGUAUUCCCCCGUUUUGGUUUAAAUGGAGGCCUUGAAUCCUGAAAAUGUGCUCAAAUUCAUGGGUCUAGUGAACAAUUUGAAACACAGUUCCCGGAGGGGCUGGUCGCUCAUUAAUGUGGAAAAUCACGAACAGAUUGCUGGACAUAUGUACGCGAUGGGCAUGAUGACGUUUUUAAUAGGCGACGAUUCCAACUUGGAUAGAUUCAAGUGCCUACAAUUGGCUUUAGUUCACGAUCUAGCUGAAUGCAUUGUCGGUGAUAUAACCCCCCAUGACAACAUCCCCGAAGAUAAGAAACAUGCUCUAGAAGACAAGGCAAUGAAAGAAAUCACAUCGCAUCUAGGCGAGGAUAUUGGGAGCAUGAUUUAUAAGCUUUACAAAGAGUAUGAAGCAAAACAGACUCCUGAAGCAAUUUUUGUCAAAGAUUUAGAUCGUUUAGAUUUGCUUUUCACUGCUGUUCAUUACGAAAAACGUGAUAACACACCAAAGAGAAUGCAGGAAUUUUUUGACAACACUGAAGGUAAAUUUAAGCACCCUUUUAUCCAGAAACUAGUCAAGGCUUUAAUUGAGUACCGCAAUAGCCCCCAAAAAGUACAAGAAACAUUGGCUAACAACAGUAUUAUCAAGGAAUAAAAACUUUUAUAUAAAAAAUAGUUUAUUUGUUUACACAUGGCAUGUCAUCAUCUGGUGUUAUAUAAGGAGGAUUAUCAGUCUUCAAGCCAAACGAAAAGCCACCUUUUCCUGGCAGUUUGGGAUAAUAAUUACUAGGGCCGGGGUAGGUCCCCCUAUCUUGUAGUGCUUUGUGUUUUAUUGACAUGGAAUAAGCAGGUGGCUUAUUUUUGUAAGAGUUGGGAGAAGUAGGGUCGUAUUUCGCAGGGCCGGGGGAUUGUUCCUUAGAGCUUUGCUUGUAUCUGUCUGACCUGAAAUACAACAAAUAAUCAUUAGAAAAUUUGAUUAAAACAAUACUAACAUGCUGAAAGCCCCAUUUGCAUGCUUAUCGGGCACUUUAGGCCCCAGAGUUGUGGGAAUAUCGUAAUUAUUAGGUCCAGGGGUGACGAAACCUUUCCCAGCUUGGUGUCUCGACGACAUUGAGUAAGCCGGAGGUCGCGGUUCUUUCAUCCUGGGGGCAUUUUGCAGGUCGUAAGCUGCAGGCCCCGGCCCCUGAAAUGCGCCUAAUGGGUUGGGUCUGGAUGCCAGGGAGUACGCAGGAGGGUGGGCUUUGCCGUAGUUUGUCAUGUAUUCGGUGUUGUACUUAGGGCCCGGCCCGAGGUCUUUGCGACUCAGAGGUAGUUUAGACCCCAUGGAGUACUGAGGAUUGCGGUAUUUGCUAGGGUCAUGGUCUUUGUAACCGACUAGUGGGGGUAGCAGAUAUUUUCCUGGUCCAGGACCUGUAAAAAUAAACUUGGCAAAGGCCUUACCUUAGUGGGAAACAGUGUUUACCUAUUUGUGUUCGAACCAUUUUUUAUUUUUGUGCAUUAGUUUUUACUGAAAAUUUGGAAAGGUCGGGCGAAAAUGGUUUUGAAAUGUGUAAAUAAAAAUAAAUGAAUUCACUUGACAUUUGUAAACGACAAUUAAUGUCAAUACAGGAGGCCAGGAUUUAAUAAAAUAUGAAUUAAAAUGUAAAAACUUUAUUUUUAGUCUUGUUACACAAAGCUUAAUAAAUUAGUUACAUUAAUUGGGAGUAUAAUAAAUGUCAUAAAUGCCAAAAUCAAUUAUUGACGAUGGUCAAGCUACUUUCAGAAGUGAUUUUUCCGCCUUUUCCGGUCCACUCCUCUUUCAGAUCCACCUUAACUUCCAAGUCUCUUAAAGCCGCCUUAGUGUCAUAUUCAAAGUCCUUGAAUUUCACUAAAUUGUUCUUAAGCAACUCUUCUACACCCAAUUCCAGGAAAUGUUCAUUUUGGUAGCGACUAC